GCUUGUGUCUGGAGAAGAGAGUCUUCUAUAAGCUUAUAUCUGGACUUCAUGCUAGUAUCAAUUUACAUCUAUGUGCAAAUUAUCUUUUAGAAGAAACCUGGGGUAAACCUAGCUGGGGACCUAAUAUGAAAGAAUUUAAACGGCGCUUUGACCCUGUGGAAACUAAGGGAGAAGGUCCAAGAAGGCUUAAGAAUCUAUACUUUUUAUACUUAAUUGAGCUUCGAGCUUUAUCAAAGGUGGCCCCAUAUUUUGAGCGCUCAAUUGUCGAUCUUUACACUGGAAAUGGAGAAGAAGAUGCUGACACAAAAACCCUUUUACUGAAUAUCUUUCAAGAUACAAAGUCCUUUCCCAUGCACUUUGACGAGAAAUCCAUGUUUGCAGGUGACAAAAAGGGGGCCAAAUCGUUAAAGGAGGAAUUCCGCUUACAUUUCAAGAAUAUUUCCCGUAUAAUGGACUGUGUUGGAUGUGACAAAUGCAGAUUAUGGGGGAAAUUGCAGACUCAAGGUUUAGGAACUGCCCUGAAGAUACUAUUCUCUGAAAAAGAAAUCCAAAAACUUCCAGAGAACAGUCCAUCUAAAGGCUUCCAGCUCACUCGACAGGAAAUAGUCGCUCUUUUAAAUGCUUUCGGAAGGUGGUUUCAAACAGAAUUUGUACCACGUGUGGUACCAACUAAGGAAUACAGAGUGGAAGGAAAAGAAUCCUAGAAAAUAAGAGACAAUAAAACUGGGCUGCCCUGGAAAAUGCAAAGUCAAGGAAGAACUGUUUUAAAUAAAAAGCUGGGGAGAGCCAGGUGAUACAGAGAUUAUUUCUUAUGUUUUCUUAACAUGCAUUUUUAAGUUAAAAAGGGGGCAGUUAAGAGAAAAAUAAAUUGUUCCUUCCCCAUCUUAGAAGAUGUCCCCUGUUGUUCCCAUGUACUGACAGAUGACUGUGUAGGUUGGGAUUUCAAGCAUAAGCUAGACAUAGGAUGUCUAUCAGGAAUUAGUAUUUCGUAAAGAAUUUAGUUCACCCACUUACGAGGCCUGUAAAUAAGAUAAAACAGGAGAAACUGAAUUAAAUUUAGAGUAUUUCAAUGAAAUUUAAAUGAAAAGUAUUUUAAACAAUUUACACAUUUUAGAUCCAAAUAAAAUUAAGUUGCGAAGAAAACAAAUGUUAACCUCCUCAAAAUGUCUCUUGAGUCUCAGAGAGACUAUCAUAAAGGCAGGCCUGUCGGCUUCGGUUCUCUGUCUGGAGCCUGGUAUUUGCUUUACUGUUCUGUGAAGAGAACUGGAUUCCGAGCCUGCAGUCCUGGAGCUCAGGAAUCCUGGGCCUGCUGUGUCCUAUCUGCAUGAGCUCAGGCACUUCACCCCGCUCCUCCAGCUUCCUUCCUUUCUCUGUGAAGUGCGGCUGAUAGAAACCCUUCUCCAGAGUUAAUGUGAAGGUGACCUGAGCUUAGACGUGACUGCGCUUCCUACACUGAGCUGCUCCCGGGAUACCGUGGCAGCUGGUGCUAGUGAUGGUGGUUUACAAACCACUGGAUGGAUGGUUAGUGCUCUUGUUUUUCAGUAGACAAAAAACUGUCUUUUUGUUUCUGACUAAACUAGAUGUGGAAACUGUUCUUCUCCUGAGGGCAGUGACACUUGGGGUGGGAUGCUUACACAAGUAAGGGUAUAGCCUAAUUUAAUCUCCUUCCCCCUCCCACAGAAAAACAAACACCAGUUUAUCCAUGUGCUAAUUAAAGCUCUUAAAAUAAUCCUCUUUCCCUGCCCCCCCAAUUAUAAAAAUAAUUCGUGGUCAUCGUAAAAAAUUUGGAAAAACAUGAAAGUAUAAUUUUAAAAAUAAAUUUAAAAGUCACUGCUAUCCCCACUACCCAGGACUAUUUCAACAUUUGAUGUACUUUUAAAAUGUGUAUUUUUCCUCAACUUGUAAGUAAAAUAUUUACGUGUGUGCGUUUGUUUAUCUAUGUGUUAACAGAGUUGAAAGUGUAUUUUUGUGUACUUUCCUGUUCUUUUUUACUUGGCAUUGUAUAAUCAUGUCCUGAUAUUAUUAAAUUUUUUUCAUAAGGAUUAUUUUGUUUUUUAAGAAGAAACUGUGACAUUAUAUUAGUUUCAGGUGCACAACAUAAUGAUUUGAUAUUUGUAUAUAUAUUGCAGAAUUUUUGCCACAGUAAGACUAGUUAACAUCAUCACCACACAGUUACAGA